AUGUCACUAAACAACAGCGCCAUGAAAUCGCUAGAUAGCUCGCAGGAAAUACCUAGUACUAAAUCAAAUAAUGAAAUCAGCCAAGUUGAACCAAAGAUGUUUGGAAAUACCAUAAAUAAAAAGAAGUGCGUUAGUAAUGUUAAGUCAAAUUGCUCCGCAUUCAAUACCAAAAAGAAACAUUCAUCCACUUCCAAAAAACCAAGUAAGUCUAUUAAUCAAAACAAAGAAAAUCGAGUUCACAAAAAUGCAUGUCCUUCAAAGAAAGAACGAUCGAGCAAAAAGCUGAAGGAACUUUUUGGAGACGACCGGGAAGCUGUAAAACGUGAUAAAACUGGGAUACAAGAAAUAGAUACAGAAUUUAAAAAUGACGGUUUCAAAAAAGUUAGAUCGAGACAUAAGCGAAAGUCGGAAGAAUUUUUGAAAUUUGGAAGCGUCAAAAAAAGUAAGAGUGAUCCAUCAGGGGAAUCUAUUAUAAAAGCUCUAGCAGAGAAUGAAAAUAUUAUUUCAAACCAGACGAAUAAUGACCUUGUACCCAAUAAGAAAAAGAAAAAUCAACGUAAGCGGGUUAAAAAUAAGGAAAGAAAUUUUCAGCAGAAUAUUAAUAAUAACAAUAAAAUUGGUCAGCUCACAGCACAAGACGAAACUCAAAUUUUACCUAAUCAACAUUCUGAAGAAGCGAAGUCCGAUCAUGGGAUGGAUAAUGCUAAUUAUAAUACUAAUAAAGCCAGUAAGUUUGAUACCGAUGCCAUUCAAAUUUUAAAUGUUUUCUCGGUCAGUCAAGGCGAGAAUGUUGACACAAAUAAAAAGACAAAUUUAGAAACUUCAGAACCAGCCAAUUUAACGCAGCCUAUAGGCCUGAGUAUGCCGAUUUUAGACGAAACAAUAGAGUGGCAAAUUAGCCCAUUACCAAAAAUUGUGAAUGCUUCUUCAUUAAGUGAAGUUAAUAGUAUUACAUCGAAUGAAGAACAAGAAACGACUUCUAAUUCAAAAUUGGAUAUAAACAGGAAUGAAGAAAUUACUAUUGACGCCCUGGAAGGAAAGACUUCCUCUAAUUUAUCUAGUGACAAGAAUAGUAGAAGUGAACCAAAGAGACCAGUAACAAUUAAAAGCUUGCAGGAAAAUUGUCGACAGAUCUUAAACUAUGCCAAACAAAUAAUAAAAAAAUUGUCUGAUAAAGAAAUUGUGGAGGAAAAUAGUAUUAUGGAUAAAGUCGCUUGCGAUAAUCUACCUGCAGAUAACUUUAGUAAGGAUUUACUUAUUUCUACUAGUCAAACACAGAAAUCUCACGGAGAUGAUCAAACUUCACUCAUCAGCAGUGAUAUACAACAAACAAUAAAUGGAGACGUUCCAAAGAUUAUACCAAAGUUUAAUAUUACUAUAGAGAGAAGUGAUAAUGAAACGGGUGAAAGUUCUGCUAAUAUAACAAUAUCAUUUGCAGAAAGCCAAAAUGAAAGAGAUACAGGCGCCAGUACUCCUAAGAAGAAUGAUUUGGAAAAUAAAGUGAAAAAUAUGCCAGUGUCAGCUAGUUCCAUAACGAAUUUAUCGGAUCAAGAAGCAUCAAUUUCUUCGAAGGUAAAUUUAGAUUUACAAGUUAAAAAUCCCUAUGUGAUACCACCGCAAGCAGCUGCUGAAAUAUUACCAGAAUUAUUCCAAAAUAGUCCGCAAAUUAAUCAGCAAUUAUCGCCUGUAAACAAUAAAGUUAAAAAUAUGCCAGUAUUACUUAAUUCCAAACCCAAUGUAUCGCUUAAAUCGACGAUUCCUUCGAAGGUUGAUUCAGAAUUACAAGUUAAAAAUACCAGCGUGAUACCGACGCAUAAUGCUGCUAAAAUAUUACCAAAACCGUUUCAAAAUAAUUCGCAAAAUAUAUUAUCCUCUGUAGACAAAAGUACAGCUGAGCAAUCUCUGACAAUUGUUCCAAUAUGUCAGCGAACUCAACAGGAAAAUGACAAGAUAACAGAAUCUUCCAAGCAAUUUGAAAUACAAGAAAAAUCAUCGGAGCCGUCAACUUUGCUAUUGCCAGCAAGUCAAAAUAAUUUAGUUUCGCUUCUUUGCCCUCCGAAUCCAAUAACGAUAACUCCAUUAAAUGACCAAUACAAAAUUAUCAAUUUACCAGUUUUUCCUUCCUCUAAUUCUUAUGCUUUUGGAUUAGUACAAUCUGGAAUUUCACAGGAGAAAAUUGUGCUAACCAAACCUUCUGAGCGUUUAGUCAAUAUCGCUCCUGACAAUGCCCAACAUAAACUACCUGACAUACAAGUUAACGAAAUUAGGCAUUCUUCAGAUUCACAAACAAGGAUUUUCUCAUCAAACAAUCAGUUCAUAAGAUCUUCUGAUUCUGUAAUAGUGUAUUCGAAACCAUCCAUUAGUUUCCAAAAUGGACAGAAACGUACUUUACCACAGACUUUCACCAAAUGUGCGAUAGUUGUGCCAGGGACAACGAGCAGAACACACGAAAAAGCUUUUUCUCCUGCCAUUAUUUCAGAUUCGGAGAAUGUUAAUAAUGGAUCCACAGCAAGUGUGUGCAUAACUCAAUUUCAGCAUUUAGAUCAGAACCGACAUAACUUUAAUAUGGUACGUUCUGAGUUUAAUACUUCACCUCAAACUGCGACAAAUAUUUAUGACAAGAAUGCUAAUAGCGGUAGCGGCAACAUGCCAUUUGAACUUCCUGGUGAUUUACCAUUGGCAGAGACAUUGAAUGGACCUGGAAAAUCAAUAUCAUCAAAGUUUGAUGCAAUGAAUCGUGCGAAUUCUUCAAAAGCAGCUUCAAAUUUUUCAUCGAAUGUAUCUCCAAUGAAUAUAACUAAUAGCUUAUCAUCUCCUGGACAAUCGCAUAUUUCGAGUGCCAUGUCUCGAUCUGAAAACACAUCGAAUGAGACAAACGCGAGUUUUCCAAAAAUUCGAGUUAGAUCAUUGGAAAGUAUGAAUUCACAAGAAGCCGCUGCCGAUAUAAACUUACCAUCGUAUAGAAAUCGUCAUCAAAACUCGAUUAAUGCCUCAAUUGAUGAUGUCGAUUUUCAUAUGUAUAAAGAUGCAAUCUUUUUAUGUUUUGCCGUUGACAUUUCUAAUGAUAUUUUUUGUGCAGUAAAUAAUUAUAAUAAUAGACUAUCGUUUAUCAAUGCUAAUGGUAUCGAUAAAUUUCGUUAUAGAAUUAGUUUAUUGGAUUACGAUGUCUUAAGAUUAACAAGAAGAAAACGUUUAUUCAAUGCUUUAAAUUAUUUGUCGAAAAAAUACGCUUAUUCGAAUGUUACUAUACUAAGAAACAAAACUGUUUUUAAUAAAAUAUUAGACAUAGCAAAAAAAAUGUCUGAGGCGAGCGAUAUAAUUAAUCACAUUGAAUCCUUAUGUCUAACUUUGUUCGUUGAAUUAUUAAACACGCUUACAAAUUCAAAAAAUAGUGAAAGUUGUGAACCAGAUAUUUCUACAAUGCUGCUUUUACCGACUAAUUCCUUCACUCCCUCGCAAGAAUUUUUUGAAAAUUCAAAAAAACAGAAAACCAAACCUAAAGGUAAACCUAAGAAACCUAGAAGGCCUAGUCUUCGGAUAAAUGAUUCAGAUAAUACAACUGAUUUGUCGCAUCCGAACCAGCCUCUUUCCCAAAACAAAUCAUCUUCGGAUAUUCAAUUGUUGAAUCAAAAUAAUGCAUCGAAAGAAUUACCACAUACAUGGUCGAGGACAACAAGUACAGGAAAUAAAGCAUACUUUCAAAUGAUGUUUGAACAAUCUCUGAAUGGCAGACGAAAUUUGCAACAAACUUCGGCCACAAUCGAAAAAGCAGUUACUAAUAAUAUUCUACCAGUUGACAACAGAAAUAACUUUUUUCCAAUGCCACGUAUCAAUUUCCAACAAACAGCCGAAAAUGGUUCACUAUUGAAUCAAUAUAUGGGGCAGAGUAAUGUAACUAACGUUUGCUCAAACAUAGCACCCGUAAUAUCGCAAAAUCAUUAUUAUAAUAGACCAUAUGCCAAUAAUAGUUACCGCCCUGUCUCGUACUUGAAUAAUCCAAUGCAAUCUCAGCAGAUACCAUAUUCUCGAGAACAAAGUAAUUUGUUACAAUGUAGUAAUUUGGCUAUGAUACGGGCUCAAAAUAAUUGCAACAAUAUGAACAAUUAUAGACCAUUUAUGAACAGUUUCAAUAAUAUGCACCAAGUUUCUUUUCAAAAUUGUGCACCGACGACUAGUGCUACAGCAGGGGUAUCCACCAAUAAUCAAAAUAGUAUGUGCAAUAACCUUUAUCAAAGAAAUCAGAAUCUGGGUUGUCGUUUCGGUCAAGGUGUUCCAAAUUACAAUAACGUGCAAAUGAUUUCAAAUCCUUUCCAAAACUUGCCGAAUAUAAGUUCUAUAAUUGAAAAUAGUUCUGUACAAGACCCUACGCAAAUGCAGUUUCAACCAGCUUCGGCCAUGAACGACAGAAUUGGAAAUCCAUCAUUAAAUUCUCAAACUUGCGGAGCACAAAAUGCCUUCACUGGACACAUUGAUUCAACACAAAAUUUCUUAAUAAAUCGCCCUGCAGAAAAUAGUGUUGUUGGAACUAAUUCAUCGUAUGUAAACACUGCGAAUGGGCCCAUGAUGCAAAAUAAUCAAUCUGAGCAAGAUGCACCAAUGAAUAUUACAAAUGAUCAUCCAGAAGUAGCAAAAACGAUGGAUAAACCAUGCCAAUCAGUUCAUAUGGUAGGUGAAAAGCUGUGUUCCAAAGAAGGGCAAACAACUGAAAUAGUCAGUUCUAUUUAUUAUUCACUCCUUUCCAACAAAAAUAGUAGAUGCACCAUGUCAAGAAAUCUCAAGAAGCAAGAUCCUGCGCCUAUGAAUUCUCACCAGGAUACUGAGAAAGCUUCAUCUGAUGGAGAUGAUAUUAUAGAUGGGCCACGGAUAAUUUAUUGUACUAUGUGCGACAUGAUAGCUAAAAUCCAAUGCACUAUAUGUAAAGCAGCAUGUUACUGCUCAAUCGCAUGUCAAGUUUCAUUAAAAAACAAUAUGUUGAAAGGAGUUAUAUUAAUAGGUGGUCCUCAAAAAGGAACAAGGUUUAGACCCUUGUCUCUCGAUGUUCCUAAACCACUCUUUCCAGUUGCCGGCUUACCAAUAAUACAACAUCAUGUUGAAGCUUGCGUAUCUACAAGAAUUUACUGCUUUAGGAACUGCUGGUGGAAUGUAUCAUUUCGAGAUUUUAUUCGGGGAGGAUCUCCAGAAGCUUUCUUUAUUUUAAAUGGUGAUGUUUGUGCUGAUUUUCCAUUACAGAAAUUACUUGAAUUUCAUAAGAAACAAAAUAAUGCAUUAGCAACAAUUAUGGGAACUGAAGCUACCAAAGAGCAAGCAAUUAAUUACGGCUGUCUUGUAAUGGAUAAAUUCGGAAAAGUGUUUGAACUCAACGACAGAUUAAAUAAAAAUGCAAGUGGAUCACAAAGAACAGUUGAACAAUCACGUACAAGAAAUGAUGGAAUACCGUCAAAUCCAAAUGUUUUAGAAUUUUUCAAACUUGCCAUUGCAACUUGCACACAACUAGAAUCAAUCUUCUCAAUAUCAACCAUUACUCUAUUGUUAUAA